AUGGUCCGGCGCGAGCGGCGCCAACUAGCUACUCGGAAUGGAGGGAUGCAAGGCGUUCUUACUACGGUGAACCGCUUUGGGACAGCCAUGCCUUCUGCCUCCCGUCCACCCACUGGAAAACGCAAGUUAGAUGAGCGCGGAAUCAAACAGGAGUACAAAAGCAACGACGCCAAACGCUACCGCCGAGUACAGCGCGAUUUCUCCAAGGCCCGCUGCGGAGAAUGCGGAGAACUCGGGCAUACAACCAAUUUUCACGAUCGCUUCGUCGCCAAGCAACAAGGGAUGGCCCAUGCCGCCCGAGCUCAGCGCGGACAUGUCCGAUCCGUAGUAACGGUGGACGAGGAAACUGGCGCUGACGAUGCUAUUUCCGACGAUCCCGAGCAGAUGCCAUGCGAUUCGUCUGAAUGA